GGGAAGGCGGUUCUGGCUUGGGCUCGCUCAGUAGACUUCACAUCGAAAAGAAAGAAGCAUCAAAGAAUGAUGGACAUCUUUUCAAACCACCAUCCCGCUGCAGUGAGAUAAGCUAUGGCAGAAGCACAUUGCAUCCUUAAACCAGGCUCGGAGAAUCCUAAGUGUGGAAGCAGGAAAGCUGAGACAGGGUGUGGUGGUGGACAGGAGUUCAAAUAGCACCCCAGGCAGAAGGAAGAACCAGAGAACUAUCCCUUCAAAUAAGAAAGUGCUGGGUGUUAGGAAAACCCAAGUGCAGCCUCCCACUAAAUCUAUGAAGUUAACAAUUGUCGGGAAGCCCUUCACUUCCUAUACCACCAAGGAAGGGAAAAUGCUGUCACUUAUGUCGAUGAACCACUAAUGCUAUUUCAAGAAGAAGAUGUUGAAUUCUGUAGCCAUACACAUAAUGGAAAUUCUACAAAAGACAUAUCAAAGGAAAAAAUUUCAGGAUUUAUGAAUGAAAGGGGAGAAAGAAAUAUAAAGUGCCCCAGGGGCUGUGGAUGGAACACACACAUCAGGGGACCGGGGAAGAACAUACUAAGAGCUGAAGCCAGACAUGCUCGGUACCCACUGACUGUGAGCUCAACCAAUAAGCAAUCUCUGAAACUUCAGUUUUCUCACCUGCAAGAUGGAGAUGGUGCCAUCUACCAUUUCAGAUUGCUACUUCCUAGAGAAAAAGCACUCACUGCCUGCUCACAGCCAGCCAGUUGGAGGAAAGGCCCUAAUUAUCUUUCCAAGUUUUUUAUGGUGUCCCCACCUGCAUCUGGUGGGGCUGACAACGUGGGUCCCACCUCUCCCACUACCAGGGAAGCUGCAGUGAAGACCAGGGAUAAGAAAAGGGUUCACAGCGCUAGAGUUUACAACAAUGGAGGGUACAGAGAAUGUAUUCAACGGCCAGACCUAGCAAAGUACAGGAACUUCCGACUGGUCCUUGUCAUUCCCGUUCAUCCCACUUCCACCCUCAGGGGUUCUCACUUUCCAGAGCUGCCCCUGGAAUGUGGCAAGAAAGGCACUCCUCUGAGAUGCAAAGGUGAAGGGGACACAGAAAAACUCUGUGACCAAGAGAAAUAG